AGGACCUGUACGACGCUCAUACAUUGCAGUACUUUGCAAUAUCGCACCGUUCUUGGUCACUUGCAGCGCUAGAGGCGAAAAUUUUAAGAGGCAGCACAGGGAAGUCCGCAGAAGGCAGUAAACCCUUAGGACCACAAGCGAGCAAUAGAUGGGAGGCUGCUUAGGGUCACCCGCAACCCAGCAGGGGAAGUACGGAUAUCCCCAGCAGGGAGGCUACCCUCAGCAGCAAUAUGGAGGGUACCCAGGAGGAGGAUAUCCCCAACAGGGUGGUGGUGGGUAUCCUCAUCAAUACCAGCCAAAUUAUGGAGGUGGUGGCUAUCCACAGCAGCAGGGGUAUGGAGGUGGAGGCUACCCUCAGCAACAAAUGUAUGGGCAGCAGCAGGGCCGUCCAGGCAUGGGUGCCGGCACAGGCAUGAUGCUGGGCGCGGGAGGCGGCCUCCUAGGAGGCAUGCUCAUUGGGGACAUGAUUAGCGACUCUCAUGGCGGCGGCGGCGGCGGCGGAACUGACUCCGUAACCAACAAUUAUUACGGGGACUCUGGUUACGAGGGCGGUGGUGGGGGUGGUGGAGGUGACAUGGGCGGUGGUGGUGGUGGCGAUCCGUACGGCGGCAUGGGUGGUGACAUGGGUGGCGGCGACUUUGACACUUCUGGCGGAGACUUCAUGUGACAAGGGGAGAACAUUGGAAUGAGAGGAGUCCCUUGAGACUGUUGUCUUCAUGGAGGGCUGCUGGGGCUGCCAUGUGUGUUGGCCAGGCGAACCUCUGCUUUCAGGGUGGUCAAUGGCUUGUUUGUGCUGCAGGAGUGUAAAAAGUACUGAUGUUCUGCACACUUGCAUUUUCGAAUCACAUGAUGUAUGUGCCUUCUAUUUAUUCGAGGGGUGUCAUGUGUCCCGUGGUCAUGUGUGCAUACUUUCUUGAUGACAAAUGCUGACCACCGGUAUAUUAGAUAGGUUGAUUGAGAUUUCAUGCUAAAAUUCUUAUGUUUUUAGCAGAGUCUCCACUGUUUAUAUUGCUUGCCAGGUGAUGCAGUAAAUGUCUGUUUCAACCUGACCUGUGUGGAAUACAUCUCCUCAUAAGGUUUAUUGUAGGUGUUCAUAUUUGGUUCCCAAGAACAUGGGAUGAUUUGCCUUUGUGCUGGAAAUUAUUUCCGUAUAUUAAGAGUAUGCUGCCCAUAUGGCUUUUUGUACAAGUUUCCAGCACCUCCUCUCAAAUGUGUCCCUACAACUAGCCUUCCGAGAGCUCAGUCUUUGAGAGCAAUGCCCUGAACGUCAGAACCACUCGAUUGCUUGAAGCCAUUGGCUUGGUUGUAAAUUUUCCGAUCUGCUAGGGUAAAGGGC